AUGCCAACGGCUGAGGACAGGAAAUACAAAGUGGGACACGAGCAGAAGGUCCAGCUGGUGGCCGACCGGGACCACUUCAUCCGAACCCUCAGCCUCAAGCCGCUGCUCUUCGAAGUCCCGGGCUUCCUGCGCGAUGAGGAGUGUCGGCUCAUCAUCCACCUGGCACAGAUGAAGGGGCUACAGCGCAGCCAGAUCCUGCCCACCGAGGAGUACGAGGAGGCCCUGGGCACGAUGCAGGUCAGCCAGCUGGACCUCUUCCGGCUGCUGGACCAGAACCGUGACGGCCGCCUGCAGCUCCGUGAGGUCCUGGCCCAGACUCGCCUGGGGAAUGGACGCUGGAUGACGCCAGAGGACAUUCAGGAGAUGUACUCUGCGAUCAAGGCUGACCCUGACGGCGACGGAGUGCUGAGCCUGCAGGAGUUCUCCGACAUGGACCUGCGGGACUUCCACAAGUACAUGAGGAGGCACAAGGCGGAGUCCAGCGAGCUGGUGCGCAACAGCCACCACACGUGGCUGUACCAGGGGGAAGGCGCCCACCAGGUCAUGCGGGCCAUCCGCCAGAGGGUGCUGCGCCUCACCCGCCUGCCAGCCGAGAUCGUGGAGCUCAGCGAGCCAAUGCAGGUGGUGCGGUAUGGAGAGGGCGGCCACUACCACGCCCACGUGGACAGUGGGCCUGUGUACCCAGAGACCAUCUGCUCCCACACCAAGCUGGUGGCGAACGAGUCGGUGCCCUUUGAGACCUCCUGCCGCUACAUGACCGUGCUGUUCUACCUGAACAACGUCACCGGUGGGGGCGAGACUGUCUUCCCUGUCGCAGACAACAGAACCUACGACGAAAUGAGCCUGAUUCAGGAUGACGUGGACCUCCGGGACACUCGGAGGCACUGCGACAAGGGCAAUCUCCGUGUCAGACCCCAGCAGGGCACAGCUGUCUUCUGGUACAACUACCUGCCCGACGGGCAAGGCUGGGUGGGCGACGUGGACGACUACUCGCUGCACGGGGGCUGCCUGGUCACUCGUGGCACUAAGUGGAUCGCCAACAACUGGAUCAAUGUGGACCCCAGCCGAGCGCGGCAGGCGCUGUUCCAGCAGGAGAUGGCGCGCCUGGCCCGGGAGGGGGGCCUGCUCAGUGGCCGCUGCCCCUUAGAUUCCGCCGCCGGGAUGUCUCGCCCUCGAGGGGGCCUCCCCGAAGCUCACCCCGUCUCCUGUCCCAGUGUCCUCGCUGGACGGGUGGGAUCAGAUGAUUCUUUGUGA